AUGCGUGUUUUGGUGGUAGUAGACGCUUUCAAGGAAUUGUGUUUUGAAACUUCAGUAGACUUCACGGGAGGGGAAUUCUAUGAGGGAGAGGAGGUGCCUAUUCUACUAAGGUAUGAGAAGCUUUUUGGAUAUUGUGAGACAUGCGGUAGUCUCUGCCACCAUGAGGCUAAGUGUCCUUUGAUGAAGGGCUUCAAACAUCAUUCUGAGAGGAAAGUAGAAGGUAGCGAAGGCAAUGGGGGUUGGCAUGAGGGGAACAAACAUGACGAUAAGGCUAGAAGCUAUAAAGGUGUGUUACUCAACGGGAAUGGAGCUCGGCAAAACCGUGAAAGAGACACAAGAGAGUACUACGGUAAGGGAAAAGGAAAAAUGGUGGAGGACACUGACUCAAAGUGGGUGAGAGUUGCUGAUAGAAGCAAUAGGAAGAAUGUUGGUGCUAAGGGAAAUAACAGAGGAAGAGUGGAGGAGGAGAGGUACAAAUCGUCGAGACGGGAAGACACUAAGCAGAUUGAGCAGGAGAGGAACAAGACAGUGUCUCCAAGACACAUGAAUGCUCAACAACAGCUGCACGAGGAGGCACAAGAAGAAGGUGAGAUCAGAAAUGAGGUGGAAGUUAACGGCUUACCUCCAUCUGAGGGGUUUAAAGAGGCGCUAGCUAGGACGCAGGCAGUGGGGCAAGAGGUAGUUUCGGAUCCCAUAGAUACGGAGAAGGGGCUCAAGCAGUUACAUGGCCUAGUGGAAGGUCAGUUGAAGAUAGGGGAGGAUGAGGUGAUGGAUUGGGAUGACCUGGAAGCAGUAGAUGAUUUACCAGAACCUACUGCGGAGGAAUUGGCAGCGACGACCUUGGAGCUGGAGGAGCAUGCGGGUAGUGAAGACACGGAGGCACAAACCGUGACUGAGGAGGCGACAGAGCAGAAGUUUGAAGAGGAAGCUAUGCAAAACGUGACUAAGAAGAGACUGUUCAAGUCAACUCUCAGUACUGCGGCGAGUUCAAAGAUGAGAAACGCCAAGGCAUUAGCCUCCCCUCGCAAGCGAGCUCCGGUAAGAGCAGGAUCUCGUCAGGGAGAAAACAGGCAUCAGCAGGAGAGUAAGAUUGCUUCAAAUCUGCUCGCUGUCCAUCAAAAACCAUAG